CCAGUGAAAAGCAGCGUCAAGUGAUCACCAUGGUCCGCAAGAAACAGUUCAUCAACAAGAAGACGGCGCAGCACUUUCAUGUGGUGCAUCGCAGUCAGCGCGAUCCCAAGGCCAACGACCCGGAGGCCUCCAAGUACGUACUGCUGUCCUCCAGCCAACACGUGGAGCUGCGCUCCGACUCCGAGUCCGACGAUGACUCGGACUUGGACUUGGAUAGCGACGACGAGAUGCCCGAUCUCAUCGACACCCCAGCGCCCGUUAAGAGCAGCUCCAAGCCCAAAUCGAACAAGAGCAAGAGCAAGAGCAAGUCUGCCUUCCCCGUACGCAGAGUGAAUUUCGGCGGUGUGGAGGCUGAGGACCUCGUGGACGAGAAUGGUCUGCCUAGAGAUGGCUACGACUACUCGCAGCACAUGAAGGAGAUGGGACAGGGCAAAUUCUACUCGGCCACGAGCCGCUUUGACGCCGGGGAGGAGGCCCGUGCACUGUCGAGGAAAGUGGAUCUGCCUGAGGAUGCAUUACCCAGUGCUGAGGAGCAGGACCGCCUGUUAGACGCCAUUACAUUGACCACAGACGUCAUGGACGACGAUCUGCGAGAGGCGCUUGUGAACGACGAGGCGUUCGAGGAAUUAGACGACAAUUUUGUGGUUCAGGCUGCUGAGGAGAGUGUGGAACAAGGAGACGCCGACGACUUUGACUAUGAUGCUCACAUUGCCAAGCUCAUGGAGGCAGCCAGCGGUGUCACUCCACUGUAUCGUGGCAACAUCACGGACAGUGAGGGUGAAGAGUUUAGUGAGGACGAGGAAGAGUUCAGUGAUGAAGAAGAGCACGAUGUUGAAGCGCCUGAAGACCGUGAUGAGGCUCAACGAGUGCUGGAUGAGUUGUUUGAGAAGACUCUGGCGGAGGAAUACGACGAUGAACAGCUGGGUGAGCUCGAAGAAGACGAUCCGGAGACUCGGGGUAAGGAGACGUUGGAUGGAGAGCUGCUGGCUGCUGUAGUGGAAGACUACGCGUUUGUGCAGCAAGAACUGGCAGAUGCGGAAGGUAAACUGGGUAACCCUCUGCGUACGGGUAACCAACUUCAGAAGGUGUUGGAGGAGUGCGAGGCUGAGCGUCAUGCUUACGAAUACGACGAGGACGCCGAGACUGAGGACGAAGAGGAGCCUGAGGACCCCGUGGCGCGUGCUGAACGUGAAGAGAAGGAGCUGCAGGAAUUGUUCGAACGCAACCAGUAUCUGCAGCGAGAAGAGCGUGAGAAAUGGGACUGCGAGACCAUCGUGAGCACGUACUCGACGCUGGACAACCACCCGACGGUGCUGCGGGAGGAGGCGCCUACGCGUCGUAAGAAGAAGAAGCAGCCCGUCAUCACUAGUAUUGCAGAGGGUGAGGAUAUCCGCAAGCAAAAGGUGACGCUGUCGCGUAAGACGGGGAUGCCGUUGGGUGUGUUCGAGACGGCGGCGCCGACUAAGAGUAAGGCGAACAAACAGCAAGCGGAGACCAGUCGAAGGCAGAAGGGAGAGACGAAGGAAGAGAAGCGAGCGCGUAAGGCUGCUGUCAAGAUGGAGAAGAUGGCUCGACGCGCCGAAAAGAAGGAGACCAAGUUGGCGUUCAAGGAGGAGGAGGCGCGGCAGUCCACGCAGACGGUGGCCGGCCGUGUGUCCGUCUUCAAGUACUAAAGAACGUAAGAUAGCCAGCAGCAAUGAACCGAUUUUGAGGGUGUAUUUAGAGAGUGUUGUGGCUUGUCUGAGCUGGCGAUG